GCUAGAUGGUAUCUUCUAUCCAAAUGGAAAACAGGGGAAAUGGAAUUAUUCAAUCUUCCAUCUGGCUGUGGGAUCUGCGGUAAGAAGGAAGGACUCCUCCGAUGUGCUGUGUGCAAGGUGAUGCCAUAUUGUGGCCGGGACCAUCAAACUGCUCACCACCCCUCGCACAAGUCUGCAUGCAGCACUAUCGGACGACGCCGGGUGUCCAUGGAGGAGAGAGAACAGGCAUUGCGCGGAAUACCGGGAGACCCUUUUGACACCAGCGUCGGUGAUUUCUGGGGCCUCCCUGACACACGAGAUUACAUGCGAGCUCGAUUUGCGCUGGUGGAGGCCAUGUCUCGGAUCAACAACGUCGAAUCCGUUCAGGCACGGUUGGACCAUUGCAUGGACCUGCUUCAGCUAUGUCGGAGUGAUAAUAUGGGCGUGCGGCUCGUGGUCCCAGCGAUGAUGCUCCGUCUAAACAAGGACCAGGAAUGCUAUGAUUUUGUGACAUGGUCGGUUGUGAUAAGUGAGAAGUCUGACUAUGACUGGGGUGAUACAAACUUACCCUACUAUGACAUUAAAAAUGCGGAUGCCUUUGAACCCGUCGACCGUUUCUGUAGCGAGUUUGUCGACCUUAGCCAUACCGUUGCUGUGAUGCUUCUGAAAAUCAAGAUGCUGUUCGACCUAGUGAGGUUGGACCAGUCAGCCUCCGCCUUUGGUGCCAGGGUCCCUCGUGAAAUUCUCGAUCAGAUCCAGUUAUCAGUGCCUCAGAGCCCGGUCGUUGUCGCCAAUCGCCAAAUUCAAGAUUGUGAAAUACGCCAGGAAGAGACUAAAAAGUUGAAGGUACAGAUUCAUACAUUGUAUACGACGAUCGGCCGGCGAAACACGCACUUUUGGGCAGCUCUCUUGAGUCCGGAGUUGCAUCUUUCCGCGAAGCCUGAGUACCACUCGGCGGGGGCCGUGGAAGAGAUGCAGGUAGUGUUGAAAUUAUGCUACGACGCGUGGGCUGAGACUUCAGGGGCGAUUGGGUUUAUUAAAGCAAAGAUGCAGGGGAAAUUGUGAUUGAUUCAUGGUUUGCUGAGUAUUUUGCCGAAUGCAAUCAGGACCAGGAAUGAAUUAAAAUUUGGUGUUGUGCCUGGUGUGACAUGCACUUUCUUACUCAAACAUAUAUGUGAA